AUGUUUAGCUAUGAGUUUAGCAACUUGCUGGCUGCGCCAUACAGCAGCAGCCACGCGCAUAUUACUUUUGACAGGAAGAGCAGCAGCCUCUAUGCCCCCAGUAGCAACCGUGUGUGCCGGUACACCCUAACCACCACAAAUCCUGCCACAUCGAGCAGUACGCGCAAGGAUCAUAACACAAAAAGUGCCUUUGACAGCGCUCUAGCCGCACAGGCGAACUCGGAAGAGAUUGAUGGAACUACCUCCGGCAGCAGCAAGGUUUGCACUCUUCCGUUUGAAGCGCGUGUUGAUGUACAGCAUUUUUGUGUUCGCUCCGACGGCUGCCUGGCCAUCAGCAUCGACCUGCAGGGGCAAGGCCUUCUGUGGAGGUCGCCCUCGGUUGCCUCGCAGUAUCAGCUGCACCUCCUGCAUGCAUUCACGCUGCAUCAGCAGCCGAUUUCCUGUCUCUCGUGGUCUCCUGACUCAAUUCAUCUUCUUUCAGGCUCGCAGGACUGCACUGUGCGGCUUUGGAGGGCGCGAGGCAAGUGGGCCGCAUGCAAACCCGCAGCAGCGCUAGAAGCCUCAACCGAAGCCUCCGGUGCAAACGUGGAUGCAUCGGAAGCGGCUCACCAAGCGUACAGGGAUCAAGUGGAUGCGGCUUUCGUGCCUUCUGCGUUUACUUCUCAUCGGCACGAAGUAAAGUUCGUUUGCUUUUCAUGCUGCCUCACGAGAGUGUACUCCGUCAACAGAGAAGGCUGCAUCAUCUGCUGGACGUGGCAGUCUUUGCCCGAGGCGGAGGAGCGCUUUGGGGAAGCCUUCGACGCGCACAAGAACGCCGCGAAGCCGAUAAACCCGCAGUUCUUCCAGCAGCAACGAGAUAAGAAGCAGCAGCAAAAGAGGCAACAGGCGAGGCAGGGAGAGGAGGGAGACAAGGAGGCGGCUGUGGAAGCGGUUCUUCGGCCCCCAGACGAGUUUAUCGAUUACAGCGAAGGGCUGUAUCUGCUUCCAGACCUUAGCGCCAUUGUCAGACUCUCUCUUGGGGUCUCUUCGCUCGACUCCGUGUGCUUGUCCUUUGACGGAGAGUGGGUAGCGGCCGCAGCAGCAGAAAGCAACACGCUGGUGGUCUGGGAAUGGAGGAGCGAAACGUAUGUGCUGAGGCAGCAAGCGCACAUGCAUGGAAUCCACUGCGUCUGCUUUUCGCCUGCUGCUGACGCUGCCGCAGCGGGGGCCUCCCGCAUUGGGGCGAAGGCGGGGAACGGCGGAGCGGCAGCCGCCGCAGCAAGCGCAACUGUGGCAGCAGCAACAGGAGCCACAGGAGGGGGAGGCCUAGGCCUAGGUUCGUCUCGCGGAGUGGUUGCAACGGGCAGCAACGAUGGCCGCGUCAAAGUGUGGGAUGCAGAAAGCGGAUUCUGUUAUUGCACGUUUGCCGGCCACACGGCUGCUGUCUCUGCCCUUUGCUUCUCACCGACGGGAAACGCCUUGUUUUCAGCCUCCCUUGACGGGACAGUCCGAGCAGUGGAUCUUCUUUCGUUCAAGCCAUUCAGGGUGUACACGGCCAGGAGCUCUGCCGCCGCGACUUUUGGAUUUGAGGGCCCUGGAGGGCCUACGAGUUCCUCGCUUGACAGCGGCGUGCAGUUCACAUGCGUGGCGAUCGACUCGGGGGGUGAGUUGUUGGUGGCGGGAUCUCAAGGCAGCUGCUUCUCUGCCUUCGUGUGGAGCGUAAGGACCGCCAAGUUGCUGGAGGAGCUCGUCGGCCAUGAAGCCCCAGUGGCUGCAGUGGCAUUUCACCCCCACCCGGAUCGGCAAGGCAUCCUAGCCACUGGCAGUUGGGACAUGAAGGUCAAGCUGUGGGAUAUCCUGGGCCGGCGCUCUCGUGGGGGCUGCCCCGAAACGCUUAUUCAGAGUGGCGGCGUAUCUUGUCUUGCCUUUGAUCCGAAAGGGAGAGGCCUUCUGGCUGUUGGAGGUGAGGGAGGGAAGAGGGUGAUGGGCCUGAUGGCCGGACUGGAUCUGAACUGUUGGACGGCCAUCCAGGAGUAUGACUUGUCUGAUGUCGACGACGACUUGAAUGAGGGCGAGAGGGAAAGAAAGCGUAUCCGACAUGGGGGAAUGAUCGGAAACUUCGGAUCCUCCGAGAUCGGCCGCGCCCCACCUCUCCUAACACGCCAAGUGACAUCGGCCAACAUUUAUAAGGCCCUUAACAGUCAGGAAUAUGCAAAGGUAAAAAUCAGCAAACGGAUGCUUCUGGAGUAG